AUGCAGGAGCUCCAGCUCCCGCAGUUACCCUGCCCCGCAGCGCCCGGGCAGCGCAUCUUCAGUCGCACUGGGGAAGAGGAGCCACCUACAGGAGCGCCUCGCAGGCAGCUGUGGGAGUCCUCGCAGGCGGCGAUGGUGGAGCUGGGGCGGAGCGGACAGCAGGGGCAGGAGCAGGAGCCUCAAAGUUUCCGACGGAGAGCUGACCCUCCUCAGGGCCGGAACCUGGGCCUCGGCGUGCUGGGCAAGCGCUGGACCCCUGAGCAGAGAGGGCCGGGCUCAUCACCAACCUCCAAGGGCAGGUGCCUCGGCUGGACGGGCACCAGGCUGCAGAGGGCCGAGCUGAGCGGAAAGGCGAGGGCCAAGCGGGGAACCCCGAGCUCAGAGCCGGGCGGAGGCCGGGCUGUGGCCCCGGGGACACCAGCGGGGUGGCAGCCAGCGCGCCUGUCCCCGGGACCUGGCUCCCUGCCUAAGUGUGCGUGCGUCUCCGACUCCCACAUCUCAGCCUCCAACGAGCUCAAGCAGACCCGCCUCCCCGGGGAGACAGACACAGACCUAGCUGGGAGUGCAAGGUCGUCUCCACCCGCAACUCUGAGCAGCCUGAAGCCUUUCAAGCAGAGGAAGAGUUUCGCAGCCAGACAAGAGGAAGUGGCUGGACUCCGGGCAACGCUCCCAAACAAGGUCCCGGUGAUACUAGAGCGUGACCCGCCGCGGCUGGACAAAACCAAGUUCCUGGUCCCGCAGGAGCUGACCAUGACCCAGUUCCUGGGCAUCAUCCAGAGCCGCAUGGCCCUGAGGGCCACGGAAGCCUUCUACUUGCUGGUGAACAACCAGGCCCUGGUGAGCACGAGUGUGACCAUGGCAGAGAUCUACAGGGACCACAAGGAUGAGGACGGCUUCAUGUACGUGACCUACGCCUCCCAGGAGACAUUUGGCUGCCCGGGGACAGAGGGCGCCGAUCUGAGGUCUGCUCCAGCCCGUGUCCAGAACUCGUCCUCUAAGGAGGCAGCAGUGUUUCUCCCGGGCCCUAGGGCGGGGCCGGGAUGCGGGGAGGCCCGGACAUCAGCUCCACCAGGGACAGCGAGGCUGUGGCCCUCCUCCUUCCCUUCUUGGUCCUCCGUGCUCCUGUGGUCUUUCUAA